GAAGAUUGGUUUUAGAGUUGCAGUGGAUGGCUGUUGGGAGGCUGGUUUCUUCUUUCGUAGCAAGAAACCUCUUCUUCUUCAAGUUGUUGGGUUACUUUGCUACUGAAGAAAACAGGUAGGUUGGAGAAUAAAAUCAAGAAAAUUAUGGCUUCCACACUGUUUAGAAACAUCCAAACCCACCCGAUAUUGUUGUAUCCAAGUGUAUUGUUUAGAAGAAAGAAUGGUGCCUUGUAUUGCACAAUGAAAAGCAGCAGCAGCAGCACCACACAAACUCAAACAGCCACACAAGAAAAACAGCAGAACCCACAAACCAAAGUUUCUCCUCAAACUCAGACCAAAGGUAUUGAUAAACGUAUAAAAGACUAUGAAGCAAUCAUUGGUAUAGAAACCCAUGUCCAGCUAUCCACUUUGACCAAAGCCUUUUGUGGAUGUCCAUACAACUAUGGAGCUCAACCAAACACUAGCAUCUGCCCCGUUUGCAUGGGUUUGCCAGGUGCUUUACCAGUUUUGAACUCCAAAGUCAUUGAGUUUGCUGUGAAAUUAGGUCUUGCACUUAAUUGCAAGCUGUCUUUUAACUCAAAGUUUGAUAGGAAACAGUAUUUUUACCCUGACCUUCCAAAGGGUUACCAGAUAUCUCAGUUUGAUAUACCAAUUGCAAGCAAUGGUUAUGUUGAUUUGGAUCUUCCGGUGGAAUUUGGUGGUGGGCAUAGGCGGUUUGGCAUUACAAGAGUUCAUAUGGAAGAGGAUGCUGGAAAGCUGCUUCAUUCAGGAAAUGGGAGUUUUUCUCAGGUUGAUUUGAACAGAGCAGGGGUGCCUUUGCUUGAGAUUGUUUCUGAACCUGAUAUGAGAAAUGGUAUUGAAGCUGCGGAGUAUGCAGCUGAAAUGCAGAGGGUGGUCCGCUACUUGGGAAUUAGUAAUGGUAAUAUGCAGGAAGGCUCACUUCGUUGUGAUGUAAAUGUGUCAAUUCGACCAAUUGGACAAUCAGAGUUCGGGACAAAGGUUGAGAUAAAGAAUUUAAAUUCAUUUUCGUCAGUUAAUAGGGCCAUUGAUUUUGAGAUUUCAAGACAAGUGCUUCUGCACAGUCAAGGGCAAGGUAACUCAAUUGUACAAGAAACUCGGCUUUGGGAAGAAGGUGCUCAGAAAACAGUUACGAUGAGGAAAAAGGAGGGGCUUUCUGAUUAUAGAUAUUUUCCAGAACCAGACCUUCCAGAAGUUAUUCUCAAAAAAGAAUAUGUUAAUAGUAUUCAGAAUUCUUUGCCAGAACUUCCUGAAAUGAAGCGCCGGAGAUAUGAGAACAUGGGACUAAGCAUGCAGGAUGUUCUUUUCCUUGCAAAUGACAUAAAUGUCGCAAAAUUUUUUGAUGCAACAAUUGCCAAGGGUGCUGAUGUAAAGCUGGCUACAAACUGGAUAAUGGGGGAUAUUGCUGCCUAUAUGAAAAAUGAAAAGGUAUCUAUAAAUGACAUUAAACUUAUCCCUCGGGAGUUGGCUGAGCUUAUAGCUUCUAUUAAAGGUGGGACUAUCAGUGGGAAGAUUGGGAAAGAGAUACUGUUUGAGCUCAUAGAAAAAGGUGGAACUGUUAAGGGACUAAUAGAAGAAAAAGAUCUGGUUCAGGCAAUAGAUCCUGCUGAAAUUGAGAAGAUGGUAGAUAAAGUGCUUUCAGAGAACCCAAAUCAGUUGGAACAAUACCGUGCUGGAAAAACCAAGAUACAAGGUUAUUUUGCUGGCCAGGUGAUGAAAUUAUCAAAAGGUAAGGCCAAUCCAGGACUUCUGAACAAGAUCCUUCAACAGAAACUGAACGCCUCAAGUUAAAAGACUUCGCAGAGAAUGCGCUAAACACGGUGGCCUGGGGCCACUGCUGUUCCAUUGAUUUGAUUUUACUGUCAAUGGCAAUCUAAAAUAUUCUGCAUAUGAACCGUCAUCUUUUAUACGGAUCAGAAGAAGCGGAUUCAAGUCCUACCUAGGUGUUGGUUUGAGCUUGGAGGAGUGGCCAAUCAGCUUUACAUUUAUGACUGGCCAUGAUUGAGAUUCAUUUUUAUUUUUAUAAUAACCAUGUAUUCUCAGCGUUAGCAUACUGAAGCAUGAUGAAUGAGAAUACCACUGACAUGACUUGAAUAUUCA